AUGCGUCGCGUCACACGUAUAAGAGCCCCAAGGCUCCUGGUCUCAUCAACGCCUUCGACGCCCCUCGUCUCCCUCCGCCCCAUCUCGACAACCGCUCCAUCCUCCUCCGACACGACUGACCGAUUCCGCAAGCUCCUCUGGAAGGGCAAGGCCCCGGGCCCAGCAGACCCCUACGCCCAGCAGUCCGAGUCGUCAUCAUCUCAACAACCGGACCUCGAGGCCUACGAUGCUGAACUCGCAGAGCUCGAAUCUCAGACGAGGGACCUAGGCUCCCUCUUCCCCGACGCCGCCUCCCGCAACACGCGCCCCAGCCGGCCCUUCUCCCGCCUCAAGACGAGCUUCAGACCGACGCGCGCCCCGGAGGUCAACGAUGUCGGCAUCAACGGCUACACGCCCGCCCUGUCGGCCGAGGGCCUCGAGGAGGUCGGCGGCUACGAAGGCUGGUGGGAGCGCGAGGGCCACUGGGGCCCUGAGAGCGAGUACACGCCGUUUGCUGCCGCCGAGCGCGUGCGAGAUGCUGCUGUGCUCGAGGUGCUGACGCGCCAGGCUGUUGUCGAGGCCCUGGCCUUCCGCAAGGAGAGGGACGAGAUCAGGCUGAGCGCUGACUGGGUCGGCACCGACAGGGCGGCGCUCGACCGCGCGCUGGCGCUCCGCAUCAAGAUUACCGAGGACGGCGUCGUUGCUCUGCGCGGCAACACGAAUGCCGUGGUCAAGGGGCUGGCGCCGACCAAGAGGCAGCUCAAGCUCGCGAGGAAGGAAGAGCAGGCGCAGACUGCUGGCGAAGCUGUCCUCGCUGAGGAUGCCACGAUUGAGGCUGAGGAGGUUACCGUGCUGGGACAGCACGUCUCGCCCGAGGAGGCGCGGGAGCUUGUCGCCACAUGGGAUGCCGAGUGGAAGGAUAUUUCUCUCGCUGACCCUCUGCUCAAAUUUGCCAUCAACAAGCGUGUUUUCCAGCUGACGGGCCACCUGCUCCCCGACCCCAAGCUCGCGCGCGCCCAGACAGUGCGUCACAUUCUCAACCUGAUCGUGCGCCCGCCGCCGGCCAAGAAACUCGUCGAGACGCUGCAGCGCCGCGGCGAGCUCUUUGCGCUGCCCAACGUAUCAGUGCAUGCGCGCCGCAUCACGCCGAUUGACCGCGAGAAGGAGGUCGGCCGAUGGAAGCUGAUCGAGAAGGAGCUGGCCAAGAGGGAUCUACCCGUCACGGGACACGCGGGACUGGAGAAGCACCGCGAGGCGUCGUGGGUCCAGGGUGGUCUGUAG